AUGAUUGUUUUGACCUGCUCCAGGUCUCUUACCUCAAAGUGCUCUCAAAUGUUGACUUGCUCCAGGUCUCUUACCUCAAAGUGCUCUCAAAUGUUGACUUGCUCCAGGUCUCUUACCUCAAAGUGCUCGGCGAUCAUGAUUGUUUUAUCUUUUGUUGACUUGCUCCAGGUCUCUUACCUCAAAGUGCUCGGCGAUCAUGAUUGUUUUAUCUUUCGCUUCGGAACCGUGGUGGCUUGGGGUGUCACGGAGGAUCAAGUCAGGGAUAUCUGCAAGUUCUUGAAGCCCUUUUGCUUUUCAAUACUGCCAGAAUUUGAGUACGAUGACAUGUUCUUCAUAGUCGAAAGAGGACCGCCGAAUAGUGGUAAUGAUAUGUUUCUCAUCGUGGGUUCUUCAUAGGACCUCCGAAUAGCGGUACUGGAGUCUUGGACGUUUUUGAAGAGUUUUUAGGUUUGUUGUUCAUAAUCUUGGACGAUGGAGGAUAGUUCGAGAAUCCAUAUUUCAGGUUACGUCGCAAAAGACCGGAUCACUCUCGCAACGAAAAACGCGUUCGAGCGCUUAGCUUAUAUUACGGCCGCAUUCCCACUAGCAAACUAUCACAAUUGCAUUGCAACAUCCACACCCCUAAUAGCUGCUAAUGCAUGGCAUUUCGCUCUUCGCAUCAUCUCGUCGCUUCUCUGAUUUUCCCUUCUAUAAUCAGUUCACAGUGCAUCGCAUAGUCUAGAGACUGGUAUGCUAGCCAGUGGUAGACUUCACGGUAGCCGAAAAUCCAACCUGAGCAUUCGCUUCUCUCAUUUUUUCUCUCUAAAAUCAGGUUGAGGCAGCUCUGUAUUGUCCGUCGAGCAAGCAGUGAUCGCCCCACUAGCAAACUAUCACAAUUGCAUUGCAACAUCCACACCCCUAAUAGUUGCUACGCUUUUGGGCAAAGUGUCAAGCUCUCGGUAUUUGAGGAAAGUGUGGAGAGCUCUAUAGAACGGAACAAGACGAUACCAGAACAAAUGAUGCGCACUGGUCAGUUGCCAAGAGCGAUGACGAAUCAACGAGUCGCGCAAUACAUGGGGGAUCUCUUUGUUUAUGAGAAGAAUUUGAUUCGCACAAAGCAUGGGGGAUCUCUUUGUUUAUGAGAAGAACUUGAUUCUGAUUCGCACAAUAUAGGGGGGAUCUCUUUGUUUAUGAGAAGAACUUGUUUCGUACAAUACAUGGGGGAUCUCUUUGUUUAUGAGAAGAACUUGAUUCUGAUUCGCACAAUACAUGGGGGAUCUCUUUGUUUAUAUGGGAGAAAUGUGAUCAUGACUCCUGAAAAUUCUAGAAUCUCACCUUCUCUUGACGGUGGUAGUCUACUUACUGCACCCGUCGAGGAGCUCCAUCUCUUUCAUGAAACUACCCCACAAGACUACCCUCCACAAAAUCCGCCUUUCAUUCCCCACAGAGGUGUCGCGUAA